AUGACGAAAUCUGACCCGCCCGCGGAGAGACCAGCUGAGACGGAUGCCUCAUCCCUCGUUCGCAUCUUCCCUGCCCUGCCCUGCCCUGCCUGCCUGCCUGCAUGUCACAUGCACGCCCGUCUGUGCCUGCGCGACUCUGGACAGCAGGCCUGUCUGCAUGUGCGCACACGCGGCACGGUGUGCUUCUGCACGCGAUGCCGUCUUGGCUGGUGUCGUCGGACCGGCUCAAGUGGUCACCGAAACAGCCUCGCGUCGGCCAAGGGAAUCGACAGGAUGCAUGCGCGGACGGCCGAGGAUGACGUGACCGGACGAAGCGGCGCAGACAGGCGGCCGAGAAAGCGGGCUGCGAUCGAUACGGCACGCCGAACUGUGGGCCGCCGAAAGAUGGACGUGCUAGACGAGGCUCAGGCGUGA